AUGGCUUACUCUUCGGAGGUGCAGAGAACGUUAUGCGCAUUAAUAAAGCCAUACCAUGUUUUUAUCAGUCAUCGUGGACCGGAUACAAAAGACAUCCUGGCGAGUGUCAUUUAUCAUUAUUUCUCUCGGAGUGGACUGAAUGUGUUUUUCGAUAGAGAGGAAUUUGAUGCCGGACAAGUCAUACCCUCUACUAUACCUGAAGCAAUCUCCUCUUCCUCAGUUCAUAUAGCCAUUUUGUCCCCCAAAUAUGCCGAGUCGCAUUGGUGCUUGGAGGAACUCCGUUUAAUGCAUCACAGUGGUGCUACGAUUUUUCCUGUGUUUUAUGGAGUUCGUCCUGGAGUUCUUCUUCAGCUCCGAAAUAAUACAGGAAUAUAUGCAGACGCGUUCAGAGAACUCGAGGAAAAGAUGGAUGGUAAGAAAAAGAGACAUGAAUCUGACACAAUUGAAGAAUGGAAGGAGGCACUGUACAAAGUGAGCAAUAUUUCUGGGUUUUUGGAUUCAGAUCACUUCAAGGGGGACCUGGGAAAGCUUGUGGAUACCUUAUACUCUAAGGUUAUGCAACAUGUCAGGAAGGUAUGGAAAAAGAGUGUUGAUGGCUUGCACGGGCUAGAGAACGCCAUUGAUGAGCUCGACAACUGUCUGGAGAUUAACAGGGAGCAAAGUGAGAAGGUUAAGAUUGUGGGAAUUGUUGGAAUUCCAGGCUGCGGAAAGACGACAUUGGCGGAAGAGUUCUAUUAUCGCCACCGAAGUUCCUUCGAUAGAUCAAGCUUACUUCUCGGAGUCAGAGAAGCUUCGAACCGAAAUGGAUUGCCAACAUUGCAGAGUCAGCUAUUGAGGGACCUAGCGAAUGAUUGUUUGGCAAUCAGCAAUGUAAGCGAAGGCAAAGAUAUACUUGCAGAUCGGGUAAGACGCCUCUGUCGUACAAAAUCCUUGAAGUUUCUUAUUGUUAUUGACGACAUUGAUUAUCAUCAUCAACUGGAAGCUCUUCUUAGGGAGGAGGACGUUUUGGGAUCUGGUAGUUUGGUAAUAGUAACAUCCCGUAGUAAGGGGGUUCUGAAACUCUCAGGAAUCUCCUUAUUUUACGAAACCAAACCCCUUCGUUGGUACGAUGCUCAAAAGCUCCUGUGUAGAAGCGCCUUUCACGAAUCACAACAGAUUAAUGGUUUCGAGAAUUUGAUUCAAACCGCUCUGAGCAAGUGUGGAUGCUUUCCCAAAUUUCUAAAGAGUUUAGGCGAAAAUCUCCAACUCUAUGGGAAUAAUGAACAACAAGACUGGGAGGAUGAGCUGAAGACAUUGAUACCUGAGAUAUUCAAAGCUAUCUGCGGUUGUCUAGAGGAAGAGGAGAAACAGAUAUUUCUGGAUAUUGCUUGCUUUUUCCGGAAAAUGGACAAGAAUUCAGCAAUCCGUGUGUGGGCUGGAUCAGGAUGGAGAGGCGCACGAGCUCUACAAAAGCUGCAGUACAUGAGCCUCGUUCAUGUUGACGCUGUUACUAAUCGCAUAUCAAUACCAGAUUAUCUUCGUGAUUUGGGACGAGAAAUAGCAGAUCGGCAGCUUCACAACUCUCCAGAUCUUCCGUAUCGUUUAUGGUGUCCAAAUGCUGCUAGAAGCUUUCUCAAAGAACCACUGCUGCAGGCAGCUGCAAAAAUAAGGGGAACCAGAGAGGCGAGCCACAAGAAUCUGUCCAGAAGGACAACCGAGGAAUUAUUCAAAAUAGAGCUUCUUGAUGUAAGAGGCGAUAUUCACUACGCUACUUUCAGCGAUCGUUUAAAAAACCUGCUAUGGCUUCGCUGGAAAAAUUGUGCCGAAACGCCCAUCCUACCACCAGGAAUGCACAACUUGCGGGUCUUGGAAUUGAUCAAAGGAAAUCUCCAAACACUGGAUCUUUCUUUUAAGCAUCCGGUAGAGUUGAGAGAGAUAAGUGUUAUAGAAUGCACAAGACGAAAACAAAUUUCUCCAACAAUAGGAUUGCUAAAUCAUUUGGAUAAAAUGACUUUGCAUGGCACUGUUAGUCUGGAAUCUCUCCCACCAGAAUUUUGCAAACUGCAAGCUUUGAAACACUUGGUUCUUAGACAAAGCGAAUGCCUGAAAACCUUGCCAGCCAACUUUGGGGAUUUGACAAAUUUGGAACACAUAGAGUUCUCUUAUUGUCAACAGCUGUCUUCACUGCCUCAGUCCUUCCGUAACUUGACACGACUGAAAACUCUCGACCUGAGAGAUUGUUGGAGCCUGAUAAUUCAAGCAGAUAUAUUUGACCGAAUUAGGAGUAUUGAGGAGCUGACAAUGGAAAACUGUAAGGAGUUGAAGAUGUUGCCAACACAAACGACAUUGCAAGGGUCAUUGAGGAAGCUUAAUUUGUUCGGUACCAGUUUAAAGAAUUGCCAGCUGAUAUCGAUAGACUGA